UGAUGAGAAACUAGAGGUGCAGAACUUGUUGAGGCGGUCAGACUGGAGCUCCCGCUCAUCCGCAGCACAUCUCCAUCACCGGAUCCGUUCAGCAGAGCCUCGCGAUGAUGCUGAGCGCUUUAUUCGCUCUGAUUGUGUUUGCCGGCUCAGUUCAGGCGGAUAAACGCGCGGCGGAGAUGAAGAUGAGCCUGAUAGAGUCUUCAUCAUCAUCAUCAUCAUCAUCAUCAGCCUCGUGGCUGGAGCUGAACCCCUCCGCAGCGCACCGCGGGGAUGAGGAUGCUGAUGCUGAUGAAGAUGCGCGCGCGCCGAGAGUAACGCGCGGGUCCAAACACAAGCAGCGCGACCGGAACGCGCACCGACACCCGCGACCGCAUCCCGACCCGGACGCGUUCUUCACCACGCCGCGAGCGUUCAACGGCUCCUUGCGCGUCCACAACCCGCUGCACCCGCUCACGGAGGAGUCGUACAGCGCGUACGCCGUCAUGCUGCUCGCGCUCAUCGUGUUCUCAGUGGGCAUCGUGGGGAACCUGGCGCUCAUGUGCAUCGUGUCGCACAACUAUUACCUGAAGAGCACGUGGAACUGCGCGCUGGCCAGCCUGGCCUUCUGGGACUUCAUGGUCCUGUUCUUCUGUCUGCCGGUGGUCAUCUUCAACGAGCUGACCAAGAGACGACUGAUGGGAGACCUGUCCUGCAGGAUAGUGCCAUACGUGGAGGUGACAUCUCUCGGCGUGACCACGUUCACUCUAUGUGCGCUCAGCAUCGACCGCUUCCACGCGGUGACCAGCGUUCAGCCGCGGCCGCAGCAGGUGGAGUCCUGUCAGUCCAUCCUGGCCAAGCUGUCUGUGAUCUGGGUGGGAUCUCUGGUUCUGGCCGCUCCGGAGCUGCUGAUGUGGCAGCUGCAGCAGGAGGUGUCUCCGCGGACGGGUCUGCCGGUGGACUCGUGCAGUCAGCAGCCAUCCGUGACACUGCCGGAGACUCUGUACUCGCUGGUGCUGACGUACCAUCAGGCCAGAAUGUGGUGGACCUUCGGAUGUUUCUUCUGCCUGCCGCUGUUGUUCACCGGCGCGUGUCAGUUGCUCACGCGACACGUCACAGGCGAGAACGCCAAGAGCAAAGCUGCGCGUCCAUCCUCCACGUCAUCUUCAUCGUCCUCCGCGUCUCUAUCGUCUCCGAAGAAGCAGCGGCGAGAGGGUCAGCUGACCCGUACAGUGGUGGGCUUGGCGUCCAUUUACGCCAUAUGCAGUUUGCCGGAAAACGCCUGGAACAUCGUUCUGGCCUACGCAGGCGUGGAGGUGGGCGUGGCCACAAAGGCGCUGCUCGCUCUGAUUGGCCAGUUCCUGUUGUUCGUGCGGGCGGCAGCGACACCCGUCCUGUUGCUCUGCAUGUGUCGCUCUCUCGGACAGGCGUUCAUGGACUGCUGCUGCUGCUGUUGCGAUGAGUGUCUGCCGGAUCCUUCGUCGUCGUCCACGUCUUCGUCCACCAACGCCACGGCCGUCUCCUCGUCCCUGUCCUCGCCUGUCCAGGAGGAGAAGCUGAAGAUCGUAUCGGGAACGUCGCCCGCGGUGUUCUUCGAUAAAGUGAAGGAUGGUCCAGCCGAGCUGAUCAUCGGAACGCCGUGUUAAUCUCGGAACGUUGGAAUCAGUGUCCGUUUAUAAAAGCUGUGAAUGAAAUAUCGUCCAUCGCCAACACUCUUAAAGGGACAGUUCACACAAAAAUUAUAAUUCCAUUGCCAUUUAAAUGUUCCAAACCUAUAUAACUUUAUUUUGUGUGCAGAACACAAAAAAUGUGUUUAUUAAUUAUCACAAUAUUUUAUUAAAUUGAAAAUAUGAUGAAAUUAAAAUGUUAUAAGCUAUAGAAUCAUCAUGCCGUCACCCAACGCUGGAUGAGGAGAGUUAAACGCAGAAACGCAAUUUCCUGUUUCUUUAUCUACGUCCAAUCAGUCUUGUUUUUUUCUUGAACACAUUUAGUGACUUACAAUCCUCGAUUAGUUGCUGUAUUUCAGUCUGUAAGUCUAUUUCUUUACAGAUCCAUCACUUCUACACUACAGAAAUACAAAGAAAUUGUGAACUUUAUUGUACUUCAUUGGAAUUAACAACUAAUAUUUUGUUUAUCCAUAAACUUUGUACUGCUGGAUGGACAGUUGCGGCAAACUUGAAAACUUUGUAUUUUCAUGCACUUAAUUAAUUUUCAUCUUUAAAUUGUCAGUGUUUAAAAAUGAAAGUAUGGCCUUUUCAGAUCAAUCUUUAUAAGUUUUAAAGAAGAAAUGUUGUAUUUUAUUAAGUCUGUCUCACAUAUCAAAGACUGUCUGAUUCUCUGCUGGAAUUAAAUGACUUGUGCCCAUUUACAAACUCUCAGCAGAGACAAACGACUCUAUGAACUAUGGGAAAUAUUGAAAAAACUUUGCAACUUUAACACGUUAGACAGUAAUGAUUAUAAUAGCAAAAUGAACCUGAUAUAGUUGAACAUAUUGUUAGCAUUGAAUCUUUUGUAUUACUUUUUUUGUACUUGGUUGCAGCCAAUAAAAGAGUUUGAAUAUGUCGCAAA